GGGUGAGAGAGAGAGAGAUCCACAAACUCAAAUACAUUAACAGCAACACAGGAUAUUAUUAUGUCACUAUGGUUAUGAGCGCCAGCCCACCCCUCAAUCCUAGUUCUCUAUUUGUCACUCUGUGUCACUCUGCUCUAGAAUCCUGGGGAAUGUGGUCUCUGCUGAACUCUGAGAGGACAAUUGUCUCAUGCCAAGGAGGAACUAUCCUGCUUUACUCUGACACUUUGGAAGAAUGCAAUUAUACAGCUGGUUUUGAUACAGCUAGCUUCCCUCUCUACUGGCCCAAAGAUGGAGGUGAUAAGGACCUUCAACCAGACUCCAACCUCCAGCCAUCCAACCCCCACCCGCAAUGACUCAGACACGUGCAUUACCCUGUACAACCACCGGGAGUACGCCCGAGUCCUCAUGCCCCUCUUCUACUGCAUCAUCUUCUCUGUGGGGUUGCUGGGCAACGCCCUGGCCUUCCACAUCAUCCGCCCCAAUGUGAAGAAGUUGAACUCCACCACACUCUACUCCGCCAACCUGGUCAUUUCCGACAUCCUGUUCACACUGUCACUACCGUUACGGAUAAUCUACUACGCCCUGGGCUUCCACUGGCCCCUGGGGGAGAUUCUAUGUAAGAUCGUGGGGCUGAUCUUCUACAUCAACACUUACGCCGGGGUCAACUUCAUGACCUGCCUCAGUGUGGACCGGUUCAUUGCUGUCGUCUUGCCGCUCCGAUUCGCACGCUUCCGUAAGGUCUCCAAUGUUCGGUACAUCUGCGUCGGGGUGUGGUUUCUGGUCUUAAUACAAACUCUGCCCCUCCUCUCCAUGCCCAUGACUAAUGAGGAACCUGAUGGCUUCAUCACCUGUAUGGAGUAUCCCAACUUCGAACCGGUGCCCAACAUCUCCUAUAUCCUGAUUGGCGCCGUAUUCCUAGGCUACGGAGUCCCCGUGGUGACCAUCCUGGUGUGCUACUCCAUACUGUGCUGUAAACUCUGCCUUGCCGCCAAGGCCAAUCACCUGACGGACAAGUCGGGGCGCAGCCAAAAAGCCAUCGGGGUGAUCUGCUGCGUCUCCCUGGUGUUCGUGGUCUGUUUCAGCCCCUAUCACAUCGACCUCCUCCAAUACAUGAUCCGAAAACUGAUCUACAAACCAGACUGUGCUGAACUCACAACCUUCCAGAUCUCCUUACACUUCACUGUGUGUCUGAUGAACCUCAACUCCUGCCUGGAUCCGUUCAUCUACUUCUUUGCCUGUAAGGGUUACAAGAUGAAGGUGCUGAAGAUCCUGAAGAGGCAGGUGAGCGUGUCCUUCUCUAGUGCAGUACGGACAUCGCCCGAGGGGUCGUCCAGAGACGUCAUCGAUGGUAAUAAGAUCCACCUCAACAGCACCAGACACGAAAAGUAAGAGAAUGAUGAAAGGUGAGCCGACAACCAACCAACAGACUGGUGAGCCAACAACCAUCAAUCAGAUUGGUGUGCCAACAAACAGUAAACAGACCAGCCAACAGACUGGUGUGCCUACGACCAGCAACAAGACCAGUGAGCCAACAACCAGCAGACAGACCGGUGAGCCAACAACCAGUCAACAACCAGUGAGAACGAUGAGCCAAUGACCAACAGUUCAGCAGCCAACAAUCAGUUAGAACGGUGAGCCAGAAACCAGCAAAUUGCCAGAGGAUCUCUGAGUAUAACUGUAUAACUGAUUAAAAGUUUAAAGAGGCAUCUUACACCCUCUGGAAAUAGAGCCACUGAUUGAGGACAGCCCAGGUAGCAGACUGUUUCUGCAUCCAACUAAGUUUUUGCCUCUUGCCAAUAUAGCGACAAGUUGAUCAAAAGCAGAAACACAUAAACACAUAAGGACAUUAUUAAACAGCAUGGCCACUUGCAUGAGAAGAUGUCUUAAAAUGUACAGGAGAAUAUUACUUAAUGGUUUCAGAGACUCUGACCAAAGAAUAGAAAGCUUUGGAACAUUACAAUGCUGAGGAAUGAAGACUAUAAAACAAUGUUGGUUAUAUCUUUUGUGUAAACACUUCAUUAAUUAUUCUUCAAAUAACCUUAUGAUUUUUGAUGAAUGUAAAAUAUUUCAACACCAUGUACUAAAUUUAACCAUGUUCCUCAAUUAAUUUCAUCAGGAUCAAUGACAUUUUUUACCAAGAUGUUCAAAUGUGUGAAUUAGUUUGUUCACAGUGAGGGUUUCCCUCUGUUUUUGAUUAAUGUGAUUACUGUAUGUGACUAUCAAACCAUUUAAUUUUGAAUAAAUAAGAAAUAGAAAGAAAACAUCUCUUGUGGUGUUCAAGGUCAUGUGGUAUUUCUCAGAAAGACACAGUGAAUGCCCGUCCAUAUUGGUAAUGUUGACCUGACUACAUUGUAGGCCCACAACGCUUGCCCAACACAACGCAGUAACUUUGCUGAGCCCCAAGAGGGCAGUGUUACAUAGAAUACAGUAGA